ACCACAAGUGCCCCCAAUAAUACGACCUGUCCUGCAAACGAAGAGUUCAAAGAGUGUGGCACGGCAUGCGAACCGUCAUGUCGCAAUCCCAAGCCGGAAAUCUGCACUGAACAAUGCGUCCGAGGAUGUCAAUGUAAAUCGGGAUUCUAUCGUAACGAUGAAAAUGUCUGCGUGUCUAACUGCUCUGGAGGCCUCACUUUGACAGGAGGAGGUGGCUGUGGUGUGAACGAGGAGCGAAAACAGUGUGGCACCGCUUGCGAACCAACUUGCUCACAACCUAAUCCAACCAGUAUCAUUCGCACGUGCUCGAAGUCCCUUUGUUGCAAGCCUUUGCAUGACAGCAUUUCAGAUCCAGUCAGACCGUGCUCGGAGUUAAACUGCCCCAGGGGAACUCGCUGUGAAUUGGGCCGAGUGAUUUGUCCAUUUGUGCCGCCGUGCUUUACUCAACAAACUCGGUGCGUGCCUGCUGGGCCAGAUUCUUAUCGAACAUCACCAGCAGGUCCCCGUUGUUUUGCACAUUGUCGAACACCGCUUGUUAUAGCCUUAGCAUGCACUUCACCAGACACCCUUGUGAUUUCAGAAGCCUACGAUCCAUGUGCUGCCACCACUUGUCCGGUUGGGUCCGAAUGUCGAGUAAGACAAGUUGUGUGCGUCAGAGCGCCAUGUAACCCAGUAGCAGAAUGUGUUCCACAAUCACAAGACAAGCGAUGUGGACAGUUUGAAAGCUACAGAAGCUGCGCAAGCAAUUGUGAACCCAGCUGCGCCGACAGAAAUCCCACAUGCAUUCUGUCAUGCGCACCAGCCCGAUGCCAAUGUACUAUCGGAUUCUACCGUAACUCCAACGGGAGUUGUGUAACAGCAGCCGAUUGUGACGGUAAUACGAACCCAUACUAA